CGGCGAGCGACAGUCAGCGACGUCCCCGUCCCUGGUCUCAACGUCGAAUUUGGCGAGUCCGGCCAAGUCAGCCUACGCGCGUCUUUUGGGCUCCGUUGGAAUUGGUUGGAAUCCUUCCAGACUUUUCUCGGUAAUCUCGUGGUCGGGGGCUGGCGGCCGUUUCAGGGAUCUCGGUCCGCGCGGUCCGCCUACGCCGAACAAAUGUCAUAGCCGUUUAGGCCCGCUCGUGUCGGUCGAGUGCCGCUGUCGUCGCCGUUGUCGCCACCGCCGCCGCCGCCGUCGCCGCCGCCGCCAUCGUCGCAGACCUCGCGACUCGCGUUGCAUGGCGAGGCCUCGCGAGCAUCGUCCGUCCUGCUGAGACCGCUCGGCCGAGUUCGCUGCGCGUCGCGGUCCCGCCGACGUCCCCGUCCGAGCCGACCACCCAAGGCCGAACCUCGCACCAUGAUCAACAUGGAGACGGACAAGAUCGUCGAGGACACCGUUGCCAAUCUCCAGUACCCGAUGACGAUACUGUACGAGCCGAACCGCAAGAAGGAGCCGCAGGAACGAGCAGUUGGCUCGGCGCACUAUGGCCAAGAACGGGAGAUGUGCAUGAGGCUCUUCGAGAGGUGGAGCGAGCCGGAGCAGGUGCACUUCGUGGAGCAACUUCUGGCGCGCAUGUGUCACUACCAGCACGGGCACAUCAACGCUUACCUGAAGCCCAUGCUGCAGAGGGACUUUAUCUCGCUUCUGCCGAAGAAGGGGUUGGACCACGUGGCGGAGAGCAUUCUCUCCUACCUAGACGCCGAGUCACUCUGCGCCGCCGAGCUGGUCUGCAAGGAAUGGUACAGGGUCAUCAGCGAGGGGAUGCUCUGGAAGAAGCUGAUCGAGCGUAAGGUCAGGACCGACUCGGUCUGGAGGGGCUUGGCAGAGAGGAGAGGAUGGAUACAGUUCCUCUUCAAGCCGAGGCCUGGUGAGAGCCACCCGAAUCACGCAUUCUACAGGACCCUCUUUCCAAAAAUCAUCAAGGACAUCGACAGUAUAGACAACAAUUGGAGGAUGGGAAGGCAUAAUCUCCAUCGAAUAAACUGCCGGAGCGAAAACUCAAAGGGCGUCUAUUGCCUGCAGUACGACGAUCAAAAAAUCGUCUCGGGUCUCAGAGACAACACGAUCAAGAUCUGGGACCGAAACACGCUGCAGUGCAUCAAGGUACUGACGGGGCAUACGGGUUCCGUCCUCUGUUUGCAGUACGACGACAAGGCCAUCAUUUCGGGCUCGUCGGACAGCACCGUCCGAGUGUGGGAUGCCAAUACAGGGGAAAUGGUCAACACCCUGAUUCAUCACUGCGAAGCUGUGCUUCAUCUUAGAUUCAACAACGGCAUGAUGGUUACGUGUUCCAAGGACCGGUCGAUAGCGGUGUGGGACAUGACGUCGCAGACGGAGAUCGCCUUGCGGCGAGUCUUGGUGGGUCACCGAGCCGCGGUCAACGUCGUCGAUUUCGAUGAAAAAUACAUAGUGUCGGCUAGUGGAGACAGAACUAUUAAAGUAUGGAACACGUCCAGCUGCGAGUUCGUGCGAACGUUGAACGGGCACAAGCGCGGUAUAGCGUGUUUGCAAUAUAGGGAUCGUCUAGUUGUCAGUGGCAGCAGCGACAAUACCAUUAGAUUGUGGGACAUUGAGUGCGGUGCGUGUUUGCGUGUACUCGAGGGGCACGAGGAGUUGGUCAGAUGCAUCAGGUUCGACAGUAAGCACAUCGUCAGUGGAGCUUACGAUGGUAAAAUCAAGGUUUGGGACCUGGUGGCAGCAUUGGAUCCACGUGCUGUCAGCAGCACGCUGUGUCUACGCACUCUGGUGGAACACACGGGACGUGUCUUUCGCCUUCAAUUCGACGAGUUCCAAAUAGUGUCGUCGUCGCACGACGAUACGAUUCUCAUUUGGGACUUUUUAAACUUCAAUUCGUCGUCGGACGGUGGUGUCAAUGCUUCGACCGCAUCGAUCAAUGCGCUACCUUUGACCCAAUCGGAUACCAGAUCUCCUUCCCCAUUCGAGUGACGCAUCAACACAAAGAUUCCUUAAUUGUGAUAUAACUCCAAGUGGUUAGUGAGUGAAUUCAAUGUGUUCGCAAAAGUGUGUACAGGAAGGCGAAGAACCAAUUUGUCCGGCGUGAAGAUAUCGCUUAAACGGACAGAGCCCCUCCCCCUCGGGAACGGAACGGAGCGCUCGGCCGAUGGCUUUCGUUUAUUUGCCGUGAAACGCAAAUCUAUAAAAGGUGAAAAAAGCCGAGAAAAAAUGCGUCACGCCACUGACACGCGGAACUACGAAUUAAUUUAUACGCACGCGACGCCAGCGUUUAUUAAUGGACAGUAUCAUUGAAAGUAUGUAAAUACAUCCCAUGGAUGUAAGUAGUGUACGUCGUCUGGUUUGGCCGUGCCUGGGAUUCUUCUACGCCCUAUGACACGAUAGAAGUUGACCAUUUUUCCUACUCUGAAGAAGAAAAAAAAAAAUAAGAGAAACGUAAAAGACUUAAAGUACGCAACAAAAUGGGAACGUUUUUAGGGAGGCUGGAUACACUUAAUAUAUUAAGGUAAUAGAUGUAUUAUAGUAAAUUAAACAAAAAGUUUUUUAUGUAAUUAAUUUAUAGUAAGAAAUACGUCGUUAAAACACACCGUUUGAUCGGAGUACUUAUCCUGUGUGAAUGGAGUUUCGUGUGAGGGGAGGACUAUGAUAUUAUUACCGUGCUUUGCUCUGUCUUCUUUGAGACUAACUAUGCCGAAUUGCUAUUCGAUUAGCAAUAUAGGUACGCCACAGGUCAACCGAAUGUAUAGUAGUUCUAUCUUAGGCAUUAGUUUUGCAAUUACCCUUUUAACGUUGUUUAUGGAUACGAGGAUGGCGGCGAUGAGACGCUUUGCACAGCCUUUUGACACGAUGCCACUCGCAUUUAUUGAUUAGGUUUCUGUGUAGCAAUCUGUACAUACGUUUACAAUUUUCGCGUAAUCCCAACAAUGUUCUCGAGGAUAUCUCUAACUGCUAAGAUUAAGGAAGUUAAUUAAAUCGGUUACGUACCAACGUUGAAGCGCUUGACACAUCAUACUUUUAAACUUUGUCCCUCUUUUUUUUUUUUUUCUUUUAACGCGACUAGUGUUCAAAAUUGUUAUUCGUACCUAUGUAUUUUAACGUAUACUUAUUACUCCAUUUUACGGAUAUUUGAUGCGAAUAUUAAUACCCUUCCAGCAAACUGUAUAGAUAUGCACAGAAACAAUGUGAUUAUUUAUAAAAAGAAAAAAAAUAUAAUAUAAGGUACUUGACUGAGCUAAUAGUUGAAAAGUGUGCGAAUUGUAGUUUUCACAAAUUCACCUAAGAUCAGGAUGUAGAUGGAAUAGAAUAGGUUCCUUUUUUUAUAAAUAUUUAAUCGUUUGUUGUGAUAUCAGUAAUUGUUUAGUUAAAAUUACAUGACAUAAGGGACCUUUGGAAAUAAAAUCAAGCAGUUUAACGAA